UGAUCUGUGAUCUCAUGGGUCCCGUGAAAAAUUGCCGCUUUGUUUUUUCGUUUAAUUUUCUCUUUUGAGAAAAUAUUAUUGUUUUCUCGGUAUUAGAAAAUGACAGCAGAGAACGAAAGAGAAAUAUACCACAAGUUAGAAGCCAUGAAAGAAAUCAGGAACAAAACCAUCACCCUGGAGCGGCUGAAGCGCAGCAUCCUGAGCGAGGUGCGCAGCGGCGACCAGGAGGGCCGCUGCCUGGCGCAGUACAAGCGCGAGAUGGAACUGCUGCAGCAGGAGAAGAUGAGCCACGUGGAGGAGCUGCGCCAGAUACACGCCGACAUCAACGCGAUGGAGACGGUGAUCAAGCAGACGGAGGAGAGCAUGUCGCGCAAGCUGUCUGCCGCGUCGCGCCUGCACGAGGACUACCGCCCGCUCAAGUCGGAGGUGGACCUGCUGCGGCGCCAGUGCCUCGGCCUCGAGCGCCUGCCAGACCUGCACGAGGAGGAGGGCAGCCCUAUCACCCCCGACCGGUUCCCGGCGCCGGCGGGCGCGCGCGCCGCGUUCCUGGCGCCGGCGCCGCGCAAGCCGCCGCCGCCGCCGCCCGCGUUCAGGUCUGCUCUCGAACAAGAUUUCCUUUCCGUCUCGCUGAGGCAGCAGCCGCCGCCCAUGAAGUCGUGCCUGUCGUGCCACCAGCAGAUCCACCGCAACGCGCCCAUCUGCCCGCUGUGCAAGGCCAAGAGCCGCUCGCGGAACCCCAAGAAGCCCAAGAAGAAAUAAACGCGCCCGCCCCGCGCGCCGCCCGAGAGCUGGCGGGCCAUUUUGAGGGGGAGCUUGAGAGCAUUCAUUUUAUUGUUUCUAAUCUUAUAUGCGGUAAAAGUUUGAAGAAGUUCU